AUGAUAACAGGAACAAUCGGCAGCAUAUCCGGCAUGGACCUGGGAGUCAUCGUGCUCUACUUCCUUGUCGUUUUGGGAUUCGGAUUCUGGGUGGGAUGUUCCCUCUUCUCGACCAACAUAGGCAGCAGUCACUUCAUCGGGCUCGCAGGCUCGGGGGCUCUGUCAGGUUUGGCGCCCGCAGCCUUCGAAUUCAACGCAAUAUUUGUCAUAGGCUUGCUAGGGUGGCUCUUUGUCCCUGUUUACAUUGCUUCUGGGGUCUACACGGUGCCAGAGUACUUACAAAAGAGAUUCGGCGGAAAUCGAAUUCGUAUCUACCUAGCAGUUCUUGCUCUUGUUGUGUACGUUUUCACUAAAAUAUCCGUUGAUUUAUAUGCUGGGUCACUUUUUAUUAGUCAAGCCGUUAACUGGGACAUUUUUUCAUCCAUUCUCGUUAUUCUGGUCAUAUCUGCUUUAUUCACAAUCACGGGAGGGCUGACGGCAGUCAUGUGGACAGACUUCAUCCAGACAGUCAUCAUGAUCAUUGGCGCGCUUUAUCUCAUGGCAGCAAGUUUCAUAGAAGUCGGUGGCUACCAAAAUGUUAUGAAUAAAUUUCUUAACGCUACUCCAUUAAUGAAUAAAACUAAUAAUGGCCUUUUGGAUAAAAAUCAUAAAAACGGCAAUAUAACAUCAAUGGAAACGAAUUUACACGACAACCACACAAGCAAUGUUUUGAACAAUAAAGAAGCAUGUGGAUACCCGCCUCUAAACAGUCUGCACCUAAUUCGGUCCGCUGACGAUCGAACGCUUCCUUGGCCUGGAAUACUGGGCCAGCUUAUUCUAUCUUUGUGGUAUUGGUGCUCCGACCAGGUUAUCGUCCAGAGAACGUUGGCAUCAAAAAACUUAAGUCACGCCAAAGCAGGAUGUGUGUUGGCGGGAUUUCUCAAGUUUCUUCCUCUCUGGGUCAUCGUCUUCCCGGGUAUGAUUGCAAGAAUUCUUUUUCCAGACAAGGUUGCUUGUGUCGAUCCGGAGGUAUGCAUCAACAUCUGCAAGGCCAAGACGGGAUGCUCCAAUAUGGCCUACCCGAUGUUGGUUCUGAAACUCAUGCCGAAUGGAGCUCGUGGACUCAUGCUAGCGGUCAUGAUGUCAGCGCUCAUGUCGUCACUGUCGUCAGUUUUUAACAGCAGCAGUACUAUAUUCACCAUGGACAUUUGGAAGAAGUUGAGAAAAAAAGCAACUAACACUGAGUUAAUGAUUGCUGGACGAAUUUUUGUUUUAUUCAUGGUGGCCAUCUCUACGGCUUGGAUACCCAUAGUAAAGCUCUUUUCAGAUUUGUAUUUUUACAUUCAGCGUGUUACCAGUUACCUUGCACCACCAAUUUGUGCGGUUUACAUUCUAGCUAUGUUUUGGGCUGGAACAACGGAAAAGGGAGCUUUUUUUGGCCUAAUGAUCGGGUUAAUUAUCGGAGGAGUUCGCCUAGUGGUAGAGAAUAUUUACCCCACUAUAUUAUGCGAUAGUGAUAUUUCGUACGUGAGGCCGGCCAUAAUAGAAAAUUUUCAUUUCUCAUACUUUGCAAUCAUGUUGUUCUUCAUCGUGCUUGCGACAGUUGUGAUAAUUAGUCAUUUUACAGAAAAAGUUGAAGAUAAAUACCUCAUCAGAUUAUUGUUUUGGAAUCGGCAUAGCAAAGAACCUCGUUUGGACAUAGGAAAUAUAUCAAUUGAACGUAAAAAAACCAAGUCAACCGUCUACACCGUGCAAGAUUGUUCAAGUCGGCCAACAAAUGGUUUUUUUGGUUUACAAUAA